AUGGCCCGCCAAUUCUUCGUCGGCGGCAACUUCAAAAUGAACGGCACGAUCGACUCCAUUAAAGAGAUCGUCAACAACCUCAACAAAGCCACUUGCGACUCCAACACCGAAGUCGUCAUCGCCCCGCCCGCCCUCUACCUCCUCCUCACCCGCGAGCACCUGCGCAAGGGCAUCGAAGUCGCCGCGCAGAACGUCUUCGACAAACCCAACGGCGCCUUCACCGGCGAGAUCAGCGUCGCGCAGCUCAAGGAUUCGAAUAUUACGUGGACGGUCCUCGGACACAGCGAGCGACGCGUGAUUCUGCAGGAGAGCAACUCGUUUGUCGCGAAUAAGACGAAAGCGGCGCUCGAUGGCGGGAUUGGCGUGAUCUUAUGCUGUGGUGAGACGCUGGAGCAGAGGGAGGCGGAUAAGACGAUGGAUGUGGUGCUGGCGCAGUUGAAGGCCGUGGCGGACGUGCAGAAGGAUUGGAGUAAGAUUGUCGUGGCGUACGAGCCGGUGUGGGCGAUUGGGACGGGCAAGGUGGCGACGAAUGAGCAGGCGCAGGAGGUGCAUAAGGGAAUUCGGGAAUGGUUGGGCAAGGAGCUGGGGCAGGAGGCGAAGGACAAGACGAGAAUUAUUUAUGGCGGGAGUGUGAGUGAGAAGAACUGUAAGGAUUUGGCCAAGCAGGAGGAUAUUGAUGGGUUUUUGGUCGGAGGGGCGAGUUUGAAGCCGGCGUUUGUGGAUAUCAUUAACGCGAAGGCGUGA